GUCAAUAUUUUGGUUUCCGAAUUUUUAUUUUGUUCGAACAAAAUAGAAAAACAUCUUUAUUAGUUGUAUUUUGAAAUUUCAUGAAACCGUUUGUUGUGGCACAAAGAAAUUUCAUCAAUAUUUGAACCUGCAUUCAUGCAUGAUAAGUACAGAACAACUAAACGUUUGUUAGCUGUUGCUCUUGCUUUGAUGUUCAUUUGGGCUUGCCAGCAGAUAUUCCAGUAAAUUUGAUAUUGAAGUGUUUAUAAGCAAUGUCUAAACAAAAAGUAUCAUACUUUUUCAAUCCUGAUGUUGGAAACUUCCAUUAUGGGACUGGCCACCCAAUGAAACCCCACAGGCUGUCUGUUAUUCACAGUUUGGUGAUGAAUUAUGGACUCCACAAGAAAAUGCAGAUUUAUAGGCCCUAUAAAGCCAGUGCCCAUGAUAUGUGUAGAUUCCAUUCUGAUGAAUAUAUAGAUUUUCUUCAGAAAGUGACCCCUCAAAAUAUCCAAGCUUACACUAAACACCUCAGCCAUUACAAUGUAGGAGAUGAUUGCCCAGUAUUCUAUGGACUUUUUGAUUUCUGUGCCAUGUAUACAGGUGCUUCACUUGAAGGUGCUAUGAAAUUGAAUAACAAUGACUGUGAUAUUGCCAUCAACUGGUCUGGUGGAUUACAUCAUGCGAAAAAGUUUGAAGCUUCAGGCUUCUGCUAUGUAAACGAUAUAGUUAUAGGAAUAUUAGAGUUACUCAAACACCAUCCUCGUGUGUUAUACAUAGAUAUUGACGUCCAUCAUGGUGAUGGGGUCCAAGAAGCUUUCUAUUUGACAGACAGAGUUAUGACAGUGAGCUUUCAUAAGUAUGGCAAUUACUUCUUCCCAGGUACUGGUGAUAUGUAUGAGAUAGGAGCAGAAAGUGGUAGAUACUAUUCAGUGAAUGUCCCACUGAAAGAGGGUAUUGAUGAUGCCAGUUAUUGGCAAGUUUUCAAACCUGUGAUUUCAGCUGUUAUGGAGUUUUAUCAACCGACCGCCAUUGUUUUACAAUGUGGUGCUGAUUCCCUCGCUAUGGAUCGACUCGGUUGUUUCUCCCUGAGUACCAAAGGCCACGGCGAGUGCGUCAAAUUCGUGAAGAACCUCAACGUCCCCACUCUGGUCGUAGGCGGCGGCGGGUACACUCUGAGGAACGUCGCUCGAUGCUGGACGUACGAAACGUCGCUGCUGGUCGACGAGCAGAUCUCGAACGAGAUGCCUUUCACGGAGUACCUGGAGUUUUUCGCACCGGACUUUACGCUGCAUCCGGAGGUGGUGACGCGGCAGGAGAACGCGAAUAGCAAACACUAUCUGGAGGCUAUAACGAAGUACACCUUCGAUAAUCUGAAGAUGUGCCAGCAUUCACCGAGCGUCCAAAUGUGUGACGUGCCAGGACCGGCUCUCGCCGAAGACGAGAAGAUGAAAGAGGACGAAGACCCCGACACGCGGAUCAGCCAAGAGCUAGAGGACAAGAUGGUAGAGGCAAAAAACGAGUUUUACGAUGGCGACAAAGACAACGACAAGGAGGAAGCCAAAACCUAGGUUAGGCGGUUUUAUUUUUCGAUUUUUGUACAUAGGCUUCAAUUUAUUUUAUUAUAUUUUUGUAAUGUGUUUCUCUCGUCUCGUGUAUUUCGAUUUUAGGGUUAUCUAAUGCGAAAAAAUAAAAUUGAGGAUAAUCUA